ACAAUUAAUCAAUGAUUAUUGAGGCCAUGCAUCCCCACAUUGGUAGAAUUGAUUUCUGAGUUCCCAUGUGUCAGGAACACGUUCUUAUUUUUCCAAUAUCUUUUCAGCAAGUACCCGAUUCUUAUAUAUAUUCAAGCUUUUGCCAGCACUGAAAUUAAUCAAGGAUCACAGAUAUACGUGCAUAGAUCAAAGCUAGCUCGAUCUAGAGAUGGAGAAGAUGGGUUCUUCUUCUUCUUCUGGUUACAAGCCAUUGAUGGUUAUGGUCACCUUGCAAUUUGCUUAUUCUGGGCUUGCUCUCUUCACGAAAGCAGCUUUCACUGGUGGAAUGAGCCCAAGAGUGUUUGUUGUCUACAGACAAGCUGUGGCCACUAUGAUCAUGGUCCCUAUGGCUUGCUUAUCCAGAAGAAGAAGCAAGAGGAAUUCAAGUAGCAGUGCUGAGGUGGUUUCGUUGACUUGGGAGAGCUUCUCUUGGAUAUUUGCUGCUGCUCUCGUUGGGGUGACGCUGAAUCAGAAUGCAUAUUUCGAAGGGAUCAACCUGUCUAAUUCUACCGUUGCGAGUGCGAUGAGUGAUCUCAUCCCAGCAAUCACUUUUACAUUAGCAGCAUUUCUGAGGAUGGAGAUGAUUAACAUAAGAAGCUUGAGGAGUGGUGCCAAGAUCUUGGGGACUGCCAUAUGUGUAUUUGGAGCCAUGGCCAUGGCUUUCCUCAAGGGACCUAAGCUCUUAAAUAACUCUCCGUUCAUGGCUUCGUCAGAAGAUUAUGAUUGGUUGAUGGGGUGCCUUCUUCUGUUUGCUGCCAGCUUCUUGUGAUCUUUGUGGAUAAUUUUUCAGGUAAUCUAAUCAAGGGAAAAACUACUACUAGUUUGAAUUAGUAGUGAUUUAGCUUAGAUGUUGUAUUGAUUUUAUAAUAAUCCGUAGUGAUUUUUGCUAGUCAUCACGGUGCUAACCCCUAUAAGGGUUAGCACCUAAUCCCAUCCCAGUAUGCCUCUACCAAUAUUACCAAAAAAAAUGUGGAUAUUUGAAAUGUAACCCUGAAAUCAUAUUGGGAAGUUCAUACUAUCUCGAUGGAUAUAUAAGCAAAAAUCUCUUUUUUUUCCCCAUGUGACAGGUUCCAAUUGCAACAACUUGUCCUGACCUCAUGUAUUCAUCAACUUGGCUGUGUUUCCUUUCUACUUUGCAAUCAACAAUAGUAGCCUUGUUCCUGGAGAAGGAUGUCUCGGCCUGGAAAAUCAAUUCAAUUUUUGAAUUGGGUUGCUGCCUCUAUAGUGUAAAGCUCAAAACUCUCUCUUCAUAGUUUACUUUGUGAUACCAAAAAAGUCCUAUAUAUGUACCGCGUGUAUGUCAACAUUUGUUCGAACUCGAGGUUACCAUGUAUUUUUAGAUAUUAGAUAAUUAACAUGGCGACAUUUCUAUAAAAUAAAAUUUAUGCCUUGAUUCAGAGACAUAAUUAUUCUCUCUUAUCAAGCUCUCGCUCUUUUAAAACUAUCGAGUAUUUGACGAUUGUUUUAUUUAAAAAAAAAAUUUCGCAGGGAGGGGUCUUGACAAUGUCAUUUGUGGGCCAAGCCUGGUGUGUUGCAGAGAGGGGCCCAACCUUCCCAGCCAUUUUCAAUCCUCUAAGCACAGUCAUCACAGCCAUCUUUGCGGCCAUUUUCCUCCACGAGAAGACCUACGUGGGAGAGUACGUAAUGAAUCCGAAUCCAAUUAGGAUUACAUUUUUUCCCAUAAUGUCUCGAGUAGCGUCAAAAACCGUUGGAACUUCUCAGCCACACAAGAAUGAUUUUUGUUUUCUGUGAUAUUGAAAUUUUGUGAAUAUAUAGGUUGAUGGGAGCUGUGGCAGUGAUGAUGGGGUUGUACAUGGUGCUAUGGGGAAAAUCCAAGGAUUUGAGGAAGACAGAAAGUGAGAAAAAGGAGAAGGAAUCCAUAGGUGAUUUGGAAGAACCAUUUCUUACUGAUAAACCAACUGAAUUGUAAGUUGUAACAACUUAUAUAGUCUUUGGAAAAAGAACCCUCUCAAGCUUGUAGAUCGUAACUUAAUUAAACCAUGCUAGCUAAGAAUGAAAGGUGAUUUUAGCCAUUUAGGGGAAAUGGCUACUAGCGGGGAUGUUAACGAUGAUGACCUAGACAUUGUUAAGAGUCACUAUACGAACUAACCCUAAUCUAAUAUGAAAAAUGAAAGGUUACAGACACCAUAUCCAAAACAGUAAAACGAACGUGUAUGCAGCUGUGAAGGUGUUAUAAUAUGUCUUCAAGUCGUAGUAACAGAGAUUAUGCAGUGGAGGUGUUUGAUGAAUGAACUGAUGAUAUAGCUCAGUAGGAAUGCAGUGGCCUUUGCCUGCCGGCAGAAAGUUGCUAGGAAGCCAACAUUGGAGUCCAAAACUUUUAAGCUAGGGUAGAGAGUUUGAUCCUCCCGUGCAUUCACAUAUGAGACAAUUUACUGACGAUUCACUCGUAUUGUCAAGAAAACAAAGGGAUACAAAAGAAUCACAUGACCAACAACAACAAAAAACGAGCAUCAAACUAGGGUAAAAGAAAAAGAGUUUUUCUGGUCACCCUAUUAUAACUACGAUAAAUAAACACUCGAACACAAAACUGAUGAAAUUACAUUGACGAAACAACUUAAGAAAGAGAGACCAUUCAAUAGCAUUUAUCUAAGAAGAGGUUGUAAUUAACAAGAUCUUCUGUG